CCAUCUCUCUCCUUCUCACGCUCUUUCCCUUUCAUAUCUCUUUCUAUCUGUCUGUUAUCUCCCUUUUUUUCGUCUUCCGUGCCAUUCUUCGAAGAAAAUCUACCGGAGAAACGAAGAGUGUUCGAGUCUUCCACGAAGUACGAAGAAGAAGCCUUCUUCUCACAGCAUCCGGUUGCUCCUUCGUUUUCUUUUGCUCCAACCUUGACGAGGACUUUUUUAGAUUACAACUUGGAUCUCGAUUGAUGCGGAAAGCGGCGUUGAGGUAUCGGCGUUGGUAGGUCGACAAAGUGAUCGCCAAGUGGAACGAAGAGAAGGAAAAAUAUAGGAAGAGGCAAAGGAGGGUGUUCAGCUUCGAACAAAGUAUCAAAUAGAAGAAAAGGGGGAAAAGAAAUUUAUCUUUCUUUCUUUCUCUUUCUUAUAAUCAUGACUGGCUUCAGAAAGGACGACAGAUCUGUUGUUGUAGUAGCGUGAUCUUAGGUCGAUCUAUCGAUCAAGACAAAGACAAUCGAAAUCGACGUAAUGUUAGCUGUUACGACGAGGUCGGAAGUGGUUGGUUACGAUUCGAGAAGAUAAAUUGAUCUUAUCUCGCGAAAUAUACGUGCACUUAUAUAUACAUAAAUACACGUACUCAUAUAUAGAGGGAUACGUCUUGCAAAAUCUUGCAAAAAAAAAAAAAGAUAAAAUAGAAAGAAGAAGAAUAAGAAUAAGAAGAAAUUUAGAUAUCAACUUUGGUAUCUGGUGUUUUAUCUGAGAAGAAAAAGAAGAAGGGAUUUAAAYUGGUGCGUGCGUACGCGCGCGCGCGCGCGCUCAUUCGCUCGUUCGUUCGUUUUGUCGUGCUGUUUCGCACGCGAAGUUAACGGGGGACCGAAGUCAAAGGCGGCCGACACUGUGGAGGGUACUUAACGAGCAAGGCGAGCCGCUGACGGCUCAGUCGUCGUCGGCGGACGGUUCGCGUAGGAGCAGGUGUUUUUUUUCCUCAUUCUUCUCUAGAUUAAUUCCUCUCUUUCUCCCCUUUACUUUCUUAUCUCAUUGCUCUCUUCUCCUCCUCCUCGUAGUUUUCCUCCUAAUUCUCUUUGAUUGGUUUACUCCCCCCCUUCCGCUUCUUCUUUUUUUUCUUUAGUGGGAUUUUUUCCUUAUUGCAUAUAUUAUCUUCUUGUAUUUCCUUGUUAUUCAUCUUCUUUAUUAUUAUUAUUAUUAUUCUUUUUCCUCCUCCUUCUCCCCGUAUUCUUCUCUCUUGCCCCAAUUGACAUUCCGUAUGCAUCGUAAUCGACACUGACACAAGGACUAACAUCAGUCAACGUGGUUCAUUCGUUGUGGCGACGGUGCACGGUCUUCGUGUUGUCGGUGGCAGUGGUGGGUGGUGGUGGUGUUGGUGGAGGAGGAUAUCGGUGGAUAAAAGUGUUAAGUGCUAUUAGUGUUAUAUCGGUGGAGUGACAGCGACGAGCUAUGAUGUGUACUCGAAGGAUUUUUGGACUUGCGUGUCUGGCUCUCCUGGUGACUCUACGAGACAGAGUCGGAGCUUAUACCAAUCAGUGGGCUGCUCACAUCGAAGGGGGACCGGAAGUAGCUAGAAAGGUUGCUGAGGAUCAUGGCUUUCAAUAUCUUGCUGAGAUAUUCGAUGAUUGGUAUCAUCUCGAGCAUCGAUCAGUAAUGAAGAGAUCGAUUGAUCCACACAUGGAAGUACAUUCCAGACUGAUGAGAGAUUCAAGAGUUCGUCGAGCAGAACAGCAACGAGCAAAGUCGCGAAGUAAACGGGAUUUAAUAAUUAAACGCGGUCCGUCCAAUUCGCAAGUUAUUUUAAAUGAUGAGAGAUGGCCUCAAAUGUGGUACCUGAACAGGGGAAACGGUUUGGACAUGAACGUUCAAAACGCUUGGGCCGAAGGAAUCACCGGAAGUGGCGUCGUAGUCACGAUUCUCGAUGAUGGCUUGGAAAAGGAUCAUCCUGACCUUUACAAGAAUUACGAUCCCCAGGCGAGUUACGAUGUUAAUAGUCACGACGAGGAUCCAAUGCCAAGGUACGAUCUUGUGGAUAGCAAUCGACACGGUACCAGGUGUGCUGGAGAGGUUGCCGCGACUGCUAACAAUACUGUCUGUGCGGUUGGUGUUGCUUUUGGAGCAGGUGUCGGUGGUGUUCGAAUGUUAGACGGUGACGUAACAGAUGCCGUUGAAGCCAGAUCCCUCAGCUUAAAUCCACAGCAUAUCGAUAUUUACAGUGCUUCGUGGGGUCCUGAUGAUGAUGGCAAAACAGUUGACGGUCCUGGCGAAUUGGCAACAAGAGCCUUCAUCGAGGGAAUAACAAAGGGACGCAAUGGGAAGGGUUCGAUCUUCGUGUGGGCCUCCGGUAAUGGUGGUAGAGACCACGAUAACUGUAAUUGCGAUGGAUACACCAAUAGCAUAUGGACUUUGUCCAUCAGCAGUGCAACUGAGAAUGGAUUGGUGCCUUGGUAUAGUGAAGCUUGCUCUUCUACCCUCGCAACGACCUACAGUUCUGGUUCGACUGGUGAGAAACAAGUAAUCACCACGGAUCUUCAUCAUCAAUGUACAAGCAGCCAUACUGGCACUUCGGCAUCGGCACCUUUAGCAGCUGGUAUAUGCGCACUUGCAUUAGAAGCAAAUCGGGAACUCACGUGGAGAGAUAUGCAACAUAUCGUCGUGAGAACAGCUAAACCAGCCAAUCUCAAAGCACCUGACUGGGUUACCAAUGGUGUUGGGAGAAAUGUGAGUCACAGUUUCGGGUAUGGAUUGAUGGAUGCCACAGCAAUGGUACGUCUGGCUAGAAGAUGGAGGAGAGUUCCUGAACAACAUAAAUGUGAAGUAUCCGCCCCGCAUUCGGGCAGGCCAAUACCACCAAAGAGUCAAUUGGUUCUGGAUUUACACGUGAAGGAAUGCAGCGGAGUUAAUUUUCUCGAACACGUACAGGCGAAGGUGUCGCUGAUGGCUUCGAGAAGGGGGGAUCUUCAGAUACAACUAACCUCUCCUCAGGGUACAAAGAGCACUCUACUAGCGAAAAGGCCACACGACGUCUCGAAGGCUGGUUUCAAUCAAUGGCCAUUUAUGUCGGUUCACACGUGGGGCGAGAGACCACAUGGUACGUGGAAACUCGAAAUUCACAACGAGGGUCGAUAUUUCGGCCGUGCGACACUACACGAAUGGGCGUUAAUCUUUUACGGAACAUCGACGUUACCAGAUCGCACGGAAUAUGCGCUUUACAAUCCUGCCAGUAUGAGUAUACCACGGAGACCAUUCGUUAAACCGCGAGAAACGACGUUCACAAAGACACAAAAUUCGUUUACGGCAUCUUCUAAAAGCAAACAAUCACAGCAUAAAGCUGAAAAGGCAGGUAGCCUUAGUCCACCGUAUGUGGUCAAUGCUCAACUACAAUCACAGAGGAAAAACAAGGUUCGAGGACAACACAAGAACGGGAAAUCCGCAAAUCGUCCAACUCCCAGACCAACGGUACAAACUUUAAGGGGAUUGACGUCUAUAAGGGGUCCUGCUAUAGCCGGAGAAGUUCGAUUGAUCACGUUUAGACCAAGGGGAAGGAGUACACCAAGCCCUAUCACUACAACGACGACUGUUCGGACUAGUCCAUCUCCCAGAAUAAAAACUACAACGGUCUUAACCACUAGACAAAAAAUCAUCGAACCGGUCACCAUUUCGUCACCGCUUCAAAGAGGUUUGAUCCUGAUGGAGCCAGCUGCCAAAGCAGCCACUAAUAAAGUACCAGCGAUCUUUCAACAAUAUCCCAAGAUCCAACAGCUCUAUCCUCUUUAUCCUGUUUAUGCUGGUGCUCGUGGAGCUGGUCAACAACACGCGACUAGAGCUAAGGGACUGGACUUAUUACAAGACGAACAAUUUGAUCCUAGGAAUCUACAGUUGGAUAAGGAUACCCUUGAGGAAUGGAAACUGGUGUUUUAUGGUACCGAAACAUCCUUGGAAUCAAAUGAAGACUUGGAUAAGGACAAACCAAGCUUGACGAACGUUCAACCGGAGGAAAUCCAAGGCAAUACGGCUACUGAUGCAAGGCAAAACGUAGUAGACACAGAAGGUGAUCCUUGGACUGGUAGCCAACAAGUAGAACGAGUAUCUCAUCCUGAGGUUCAAAAACCAACAACAGAAAACCAAACUAACGGAUGCACUAAUCUCGAAGGAGGAAAUGGCAGGUGCCUAGAAUGUAAACCCAACUGGUACCAAUAUGAAGAUGAAUGCUGGGAAAAAUGUCCGAUAGGAAGUUACGCCAUCAUAGAGGAAUCCAGUGGCAGAAAGGUAUGCGGGAGCUGUCACUAUUCCUGUCUGACUUGUUCUGGAGCUACCGAUGGUGAAUGCACGACCUGUCACUCCGAUUCCAAACUAUUGACAAAUUUCGGGGAGUCCCAGUGCGUUCUUCAGAAUUUGGCCUGGCGAUUCGAAUCAACAAUGUGGUUUUAUUGGUUAACCAUUUUCUUCUCGAUCAAUUUGAUGAUAGUUGUCAUCGCGACGAUUUACGUAGCAGUCAAAUGGUGCAUCAAGAAGCGUCAUUCUUCGACGUACGAUUACAGUAAGGUCGCUUAUUCUAGCAAUGGCGACGCCCGUAAGGUACGACUGAACGACUGCAUUUCUGAUAGCGAGUAAAACGCAACCGCGUAAGAUGCAAAUUUCAUUAUCCCUGGAACCCCAUGGAAGUCUGUCUGUUUUCCAACAAGGACACACGACCGACCGUUUUAAUGGAAAUGAAGUGAAUGAGACGGACGUGGAAUUAGAGAAUAUCUAUUAGAUCGUAUUUCAAGAGAACUAAUGUUGAAUGUUCGUUAUAACAGGAUAAGAACAGCGAGAAUAACAUUAGAUGUAUUUAUUUUCUGACCGACGUGAUCGUAAAACAUUCCAAUUUGUCUAAUUACGUCGAUAGUCCUUACUAUAAUAAUUGAUCUUUGAUAAAAGAUUUUUUUUAUAGUCUAAUGAUCGUUUUAUUACGAUUAUGUAACGUAUAUGCAUAUUAUAAGUGUGAUACAACAAAAAGGAAUACAGAAAUUUGUCUUUUUUUUUUGUAUCCUUUUAUAAUCAACAAAUACUUGACGUCGUUAGUAUUUUAUUUGUUUAUUUAUAAUGAUAAAUUACUACUAGCGUAUUCAAAAAAAUGUUUAAAGAUACUUCUUUAAUCGAUUGUAUUACUAUUAGAACGGUCAAGUGAACCAUUUGUUCAAUAUUGUGAUCAAUUAUUACAAGUUCGAUUUAUAUUACAUAAUUGUUAAGUAAGAUUUCGACUGCACAAAAAUAAAACUAACGAAAUUUAAUAUAUUAGCGUUGCUCUAUGAACAUUUAUAUAUAAAUAUAUACGUAUAGAUUUAAUAAUAAUGUACGAAAUACUGUAAAUAUAUUGCUAAGAAAAACUAAGUUUUUCUAGUGGUUUACAGCCAAGUAAUGUGAUAUAUCAUGUUACUGUUAAAUAAUUGCACACUAUUAUUAUACACUUGUAAUAAUAUACAUAUAUUAUUAUUCUUUGUUACCACAAAUGUACAUGUUCCAUGCAAUAAGAACUUUGCGGUUUUGAUUGUUUUCUGUUAUAUGUGAUAAAAGAUAAAAUACAAGUGAAAACAAAUAUUUCGAUUACGGUAACA